AACGAUACCUUAGUGAAAUGAAAUGAAGACAAGUUAAAAAAUGUUUAUAUUUUUUUGAAGUAAACUCGUUAAAAGUAAAUUUAAGAAGUCAUUAAACUUAAGUUACUCAUUUAAUGGUUUAUAAAUGAGUAUAUUUUAUUUACAUUUCAAAUUAGUUAACUUAAAAUAAUGUUGCGAUUACUAAAUUCAAAUUUUGCUCCUCUUAUCAAGAGUUUUACCUUUAACUCUCUUCGUCCUCAGUUGCUCUUCUCGCAUAAUGAAGCAAGUUGCAGAAAUUUUAGUAGUUUAUUUUCAUCUGGAACACAAUUGAGACGAAAUAACUUAAAUAUUCUAUCUAGGUAUCUUUUGCCUGCCACUCUACCCCAAGUAGACAUAUCAAGGAAUGUCACAAAAUUCAACUUGAAGAGUGGUGGAAGACGAUCUGUGAAGUCAAUGUUGACACGAUUUUAUAGACUAGAUACAGGUCUUUGGAUUCGGCGUCGUGCGGGGUGCCAUAAGCGCUUGCAUAAGAGGUCUGAGAAAGACAGGUUUCGUCUCGAACAGCAUGUAGUCUGCACACGAACACAGUGCAUAAUGUUUGAUAAAAUGGUGACACCUUAUUGGAAGAAAAAGAAGUACUACAUUGACGAUCCUUAUGAGCCAUACCAAGUCAGAAAUAACUUUAAAUACACGCGUCCUAGAAAGAACAUAUGGUUUUAGAAUCAAUACAAAUCUAUGUUAUUGCUAAAAGUUUGGGGGAAAAAAAGAACACUUAUGUAAUAAAGAUGCUUUAGAAUAAA